AGGUUAUAUUAUGCAAAAUGAACAAUUUUGCAAUCGAUUUUUUUCCCCGAUUUUCUCCUUAAAAUAUGCUGAUUUCCUCAAACUUCAUCAUCAAUGAACAUUGUGUGCCAUACCAGUUCAAAGAAAAGCAUUCUAUCUUUGUAACAAGGUGACGAUUUUGUUGAACAAGAACUCGGAAGAGGAUGAUGUUGCGCAAAAUCUUCGUACUGAAGCGCCAAAUUGCUCAAGUGACAAAAUGUUGAACUAUGAAUGAAAACAUUGCAACACACCCGUCAAGUAUUUCCUGGUCAUUCCAUCAUCAUCAUAUCAUCAUCGUAACGGUAUAUUGUGUCGUAGGCUGAUCAACUCUUGGGAAGAACUGGGCUUGAUCUUGGGAAUCUGUCAAUGUCAAUGUCAAUCUAACCACCGGACGACAUAACUACUGACAGUACUGUGACUAAUCGAUGUAUACACGCUACAAAAGAGAGAUGGAAGAGGAAAUAGACUUAGUGGAUGCAGUACAUAAGGUCCUGCAGAAGGAGUUGGAUGAGAGGGAAUCAUUUCUUACAAAGGAAGACAUUAUGAAGUUAUUGGUUAAUGAUAAUGCUGAGGCCAGACCGUUUCGAGAAGGGUGUAAGGGGUACCCCGCACAUCCACUAUACAAGGAAAUUGGAAGUGUCCUGCAGAAAUGGUUGGACACAGGUCAUUGCAUUGUCUUGGACCUGCCCACCUACGAGUUAUUUGAUGAGCAGGGCUAUGAGCAAGUGAGGCAAGAAUACACCAAGUCCAUCGAAGGCAUGAUGGUAGGCUUUAAAAGUCUGUGGUCAGUUUGGUCUCCUGAUGAACGGUUCUACAGGGUCAGAGAAAUUUUGCAGAGACUUGGAAAGCGAGGAUUAAUGGAUAUGCUUGGAAUCAGGAAAACUGUUGGGACCUGCGAGAUGUUUCCUCCACCAAGGUACACACUAGAGGAAACAUUCAAUGAGAAGCAUAGUGCUAAUUCAGAGUUGACUGUUGGUGCACGAGCUUUGGCCAAGCAUGGUCAUAGAGACCAGACAGCUAGUUGGUGGGGGAAGAGCACUGGAACGGAGGAAGCAAAGAAUGCCCAUGCUGUUAAAGUGAUUGAUAGGAUUCUGAAUGAAGCCACAUGGAUUAAUAUACAUCAGCUUCAACACCAAGUUGAGAUUCUGGAAAUCAGGCAAAUUGAUGGGUAUGGUGCCAGGUGGUCUGCUGAUGGAGCUACGUUCCGGGGCUUCCUUGAGCCCCAGAUGACAGAAGGAUGGACUUGUGGAUAUCGCCAUUAGAAUGUCAUUUUCAGCUAGUUUUCUCAGUGAUAGCAAAGUGUGGUCCAACGGGAUAUAAUGGGCACAUUGUCACACAUCCAUAUGCUGCUUUAGAAACACAGUGCUAAUAGCAAGGACACACUAAAAGGUGUAAUAGUGAAUGCCUGGGACUUGGUUUAUUUUCAGUCGAAAGCACAGGUGUACAUGCAGAUAACAUACUUACACUUGAGUACAACAAAUGUGCAUUCUGGCAGUUUUACAUCGUGGCUCGAUUGACCACUGCUUGAGUCAGAUUUUCUCCCUUAUUUUUAGUCUUUGAACAUGCAAUAAAUUGCAUUGUGACUAUCAUAAAUUAUCAGUUGUGCUUCAAAAACAGUUGUAGGCUGCACCCAAUGUCAAAUUUGACUAGUUUUGUUGGAUAAAUUUGUAAUACGACAAAGCCUGAGUUUGUGUGUUUGAAUUCACUGACGCCCGAGAUAGGAUAAAUGUCUGAACAUACAUAAUUGUACGAAAACUUGGACUCUUUAAGGAUAAAGGUGAUCAUUGCAUGCAUGAGGACUAGAAACUCUCCAGUCACACUGUGAUACAUGUAUAUUAUUCUGUUUAUUUACAGGAUUGGGUUAUUAUCCCAAUACCCUGAACAUACUUAAGCAUGUAUAAGUGUACCAGUAUUUACACAAUAAAGCUACUUUUAGCAUGAA